GUUGUUGAUUACAUGCUCAGUGUGACCUGCGUUCUCAGCAAUUCGAAACCCGCAAAACCAUUUUUUUUCAUUUCCUUUCCUUUCAUAUUACAUGUAGUUUCUGAUUUGUUCUUGAAGAACUGUAUCAGCAGGAAGCAAAUUCAGUACAGCUAUGGCUUCUGAAGAUCAGAACAAAGGUGCUGCCCAGAUAAAGUCGGAGUCAAUGGUGGGAACAGUGAAGGAGAAGGCCCAAGCGGGCCAACAGAAGGCCUCUGAGAUGGCCCAAGCGGCGAAGGAGAAGGUCUCUGAGAUGGCCCAGGGAGCGAGAGGCGGCGGGCCGGCCAAGGAGAAGACGUCGGGGACGGCCCAGCCUGGGAAGGAGAAGACAGAUGGCGUACUGGAGCGGACUGGGAACCAGGUGACGAGCAUGGCCCAAGGUGCUACCGGCGCAGUCAAGACUACUUUGGGGCUGGGCCAGGCCCAAGAGAAAACUACCAAGUCCGAGGAGUGAAGGGCGCGUUUGGGUUUCUGAAAAACCUGUUGUUUUUUUAAUUGCCUUGGGUCUGCUUUGGUUAUAAAAAUGUAGAGUAAUGGAUAUUUCCUUGGUGUUGCGGGGACUUUUGGGUAUUUAAAUUCGUAAUAAUAAUCAUACGAGCGCAUUAUAUUAGAAAA